AUGUUGAACAAUACUCAGCAACAACAUUUUUCCAUAAAACAAUCACUCAAAAAAUUGGAAAUUUUAAAUUCCUCUCUUAUCGGAAUAUUAAAAGAUCACAAUGAUCAUCAUAUUGUAAAUAAUAAUAACAACAAUAACACUCAACAUGACCAAUCAUCAUUGUCAUCAUCACUUUAUAAGGAAAUCUCCCAACAUUUGGAAAAUAUUCGUCUGAUCAUUGAAAAGAAGGCUUUGAAAAAUUCAAAUUCCAACUCUGAUGAAAAUAACAAGAGCAAAACAUCAACAUAUUCAUCCUAUAAUAAUUCUGCAUUGAAAAAGAGUAAAUGUAUUCAGCAACUUUGUGAAAUUUGUAUUUCUCUAUUUACCUGUAUAAAGAAUAGGAAAAAAAUUAGAAUUGAAUUAAUUGAACAGGCUUUGCAGGUUGAUGAAAACAAGGAUCCCCGAUAUUUGAUAUUAAUUGUGGAAGAUUUGGAUGCAAUAAUGAGUCAUGUAUUGAGACAAUUCCUCUCUCGGAGGGAGAGAAAGUCUGGCAAGACAGAUAUUGGAAAGAAGGCACAAAUCUAUAAGAAACUGGAGCAAGAUGCGAAUGGAAUUUUAUUGGAAUUGUUUGUCUUUUCAUUGAGCAUUGGAUGUUUGGAUUCGAAAGAGUUGCUUCUCAUUGAGCAUGUUUCACAAAAUAUGGAAAUGAAAUUACAACAACGAUAUUGGAAUACUAGUUCAGUGAAUGAGGAUAUUUCGAGCUUGGGCGGAGUAUUUUUAUGUACAUUAAUUAAUAAGAAUGUUGGUCCUCAUCACUUGUUGUGGAAUGAGUUUAUGGAGAGUGUACAGAUGGCUCUGCAGGUGAUGGGAAACUCUCUGCCAGGAAGAGAGCGAUUGCUAAAGAGUUUUUAUUUUAUUCAAUUGAAUGUUUCUCAUAAUACUGAUCAAGUGGUGGAUAUUUACAAAUGGGUAACUGUUUCAGCUGCAUUGAGUUGUCAUGAUUCAAAGUACCUUCCAAAGGAAAUCACCAAUUAUUUAUUGGACCCGGAUUCUCUUUAUGGAGAUGAUUCAAAUUGUAAAUAUAUAACCACAAGAUUCCUUUUGAAAGAACUAAGAGCACUGCAUACUCUUCCAAAAGAUAAUAGCCAAUUACUAUCCUACCAUAUACAGAAUUUUGAAGUGGCCAACGACUUGUUGAAAUUUAUGGAUGAAAUUGUUCAGGGAAAGUCAAAAUAUGAAGAAAAAUUGAGGAAAACAUGCUCAGAAGAAAUGGUUUUCAUGAGCUGUUUACUGCUGCGAUUUUUCCUUCUGAGAAGGAGAAAUCGAUUUUCAAAUCCAUUUUAUUUUCUUGCUCAAAAGUUUGACCUGAUAGAGACCAUAUUUGAAAUAGUAUUGGAAUACCUUGUAGAAAAAAAGAAUAGUUUCAAGUCUACGUAUGCCUAUUCACUUCUUCGAGAUUUACUCUAUUUAAUCAGUUCAAGUGAUGGAGAAGUUAAAUUUGAUCCAACUGCUGAGAAGAUGAUUGCCAUAGCAGAGGAAUUAAUUCAAAGAGGAGUCACAUCUCUAGAUACAGAGCUGGAACAUUUGAAAGAGUGGGCAGAUCGUUUCUUUGAUUUGCUCUUCAGCCAAUCCAUGUCUUCAAUGUAUCCUUAUCUUUUAAGGAAAUGUUUAUCCUCCAUGUUGUGCAGAUUGAGUAAUUCUGGGGAUCAUACUUACAACAAAUCUUCGCUAAUAGAGAUUGUUGGACAUUUUCAUAAUGUAUUCUUUUCAACGAAUAGUUUUUUGAAAAGGAAAAGAGAUCAUGGUAUGAAUAGGUGUUUAAUGACUCUUGUUCGUUUUUCUGCUUUUAUAUUUUUGAAAAUCCAACCAAAAUAUAAUGACGAUUUGACCAAGUUUUAUGUUGACGGGUCUAAUCUAUACAGGGAGAAGGCUAACGGAUUUGCAUGUCGAUUUUCUUUUUUGGAUAGUUUUUAUUUUGACACCAAGAGCCAAACAUUUAAGGUGUUUGCUAUUGAAGAGAGUGUAUUGGAAAAACAAUCCAGUUUAGUAUUGUCAUAUCAACGAAAUGCAUCACUCACAGAUUUGAUAUUUAUUUUUGAGGAGGAAGAAAUUCAAGAUAAUGUUUAUUUGGAAAUAAUUGAGGAUGAAUGA